ACAAACUGCACAUACAGUCACAUUUGCAGAUUGUAAAGACUUGCUCAAGAUCAUUUCCACAUUGGUGGUACACUGAAGAAGCCCACCAUGUUAACACGCACAGACCAAUCAGAUUGUUUUGAUAGUGUUCCCUCCCAUUUCAUUGUUCUCUCCCAUUUGAUAGAAUAACAUUAAGAUUAAUCAUCUUGCAGUACGAUCUUAAUGAACUGCUGUCUCAAGUGGAAAAUGUUGGCCAUAUUUUGUGUCGCUCUGGUGUUCACAAUUGGCCGAUGCAUAGAUGACCAAAGUUUUGUGACAAAGACUGUUGGUGUUGGAGAAGAUGUGACUCUAAUAUGUAGCCGCCAGUCUAGAUUAGCAGGAAUCUUAUUUUGGAUCAGACUUGCUCCUGGAAGCUUCCCUGAAAUCUUAGAAGCAACUUAUACUUUUGAUAAUGCAUACGUUAAUAAGACUCCUCGCAUUACAGCAAAACAAGAGCCUGGAACAUUUGUUCUAUAUAUGACCCAAACAGAGCUGAGCGAUACUGCAUUUUACUACUGUGAACAAGUGGUUGAACUGCAGACAACGUUUCUGAGUAAAACCUUUCUGAGAGUCAAAGAGCCAGAACCUGAUAUCAUUUUCGUCAUUCAAGACUUUCCAUCUGAUCCAGUUCGUCCAGGACACUUAGUGAGUCUGCAGUGUUCAGUCCUCUCUGACCCUGAAAGUAGAACAUGUCCUGGAGAACACAGUGUGUACUGGUUCAGAGCCGGAUCAGAAGGAUCUCAUCCCAGUGUCAUUUAUGCUCAUAAAAACAGUGGGGAUGAAUGUGAGAAGAGUCCUGAGGCUCGCUCUCCACAGAAAUGUGUCUACAGCUUCUCUAAGAACAUCAGCUCAUCUGAUGCUGGGAUUUAUUACUGUGCUGUGGCUGCAUGUGGGGAGAUAUUAUUUGGAAAUGGAACAAAGCUGGACACUGAAGAUUCUCUGAGGCCCAAUACAAUUCUGUUUCUGUCGUGUGCUGCUUUGGCUAUAAGUCUGAUUGUUAUAGCCAUACUGAUGUACACUGUGCAGAACAAAAAGUGCAAUGGUUGUAAUGCUGUUGCUGCUGCCCUGCAAACAAAUGCUGCAACAACCACUGGUGAUCAACAAAGUCAGCAGACAGAUGAAGACACAUUGGUUUAUUCUGUGGCAAACUUCAACAGACGGAAAUGUGGCAGGAAUGUAAAUAGAAGAAAUACAUUCGAGGGAGAGAGCAUCUACACAGAUGUCAGGGUUUUGGGGUAGGAACAGAAACAUGUACAACAAAGUUCCCAAUUGAUUUUUGUUUAAUGCGUGCAUGGUACACCAUGCUGCAGAUAUUUAGCAGGAUGUUUUCUGCUGUAUGGAAUGAAAUAAAAAUUAGUUCCUGUACACAUUUGGACCAGAUCUUUAAAUUUAUUGAAAUUUAUUUUUUUUUCUUUUUGUUACUGUAUAGUUUAAGCCAGCAUUGAUAUGUAUGAUAGGGGCUGCAUUGCAAGGUCACUUUGAAAUGUGUUUCCAACCCUGCCUGUCUCUUUUGUAUGUACUAGGAAUAUUAAGCUCUUACGUGGAAAGUUUAUUUUCAAGCUUUCUAUAUGAUAACAUUCUUGG